UCUAUAUAGUGAGUAGUCACCUUAGGAACAAACCCUUUUACUUUUUUUAGUCUCUUCUUUUUAUAUUCACAAAGACUCUCAUUCAGGUGGACCAAAAAGCUACUUUCUUUCAAACUGCUGAAACAGUAAAGAGGAACAGGAUUUGAUUACGUCCCUAAGAAAGUCUCUUUGAAGAGUCACAUCUUCACAAUUUUCUUUCUGUGUCUACACUUCUCUUUGAGUUCCACGCCUCUCUUGGUCUGUCUUAGUUUUCCUCAGCUUUUACACAUUGUUUUGAGGGAGGAUGUCAAAGACCCACUAUGGCGUUCAUGCUGUUUUAUGGAUUCUUUCACUAGUGGAGUGUAAAAUACCUGAGGUUCGUGUUAACUGCAUCUUCUCUGAGGACUGUAUCCUGCCCUGCUCUUUCACGCCUAAUCGUGCUGAUGUGAAUAUUCAAUGGUACCAGCAGGAGGCGCUAAUACUUCGUUUACAGCAGGCGGGAGAGCAGCUCAGUAAUGGCACCGUGUGGCUGUUUCACGACCACAUCUCCGAGGGCAACGCAUCGCUGCUUGUGAAACAUGUAGACAUCAGGAGUAAAGGACGAUACAAAUGUGUGGUCAACAAUGCAACGCAGACAUAUGUUGUUGCCACAGUAGAAGCUCCUAUCAGGGUCAUCUCCAUUGACACAAACCCCUCUGGGCUGAUUCAGUGCUCUACAAAAGAUGUCUACCCACCACCGAUGGUACAGUGGAGUACAGAACCCAGCUUAACUUCUGCUGCUCUGCAGCCCAUCACCCGCAUGGGUCCUAAAGGAAAUGGCCUCUUUUAUGUUGAGACCAUCGUUAAACAGCAGAAUAACAGCUUAGAAUAUAUUUAUGUGUGUAACAUCACCUCCAAAUAUGGCACACAAUCAUGGACAGCUUCAUUACAACUGAAAGAAAUGACUGACACUGAAGGGCAAGACCUGGUCAUCCCAUGCCCAGCUCCCAAGAAUCUUAAGUUCUCCACUCUUGUUUGGACUUUAAUGAAAGCAAACAAAACCACAGAAAUCCUUAAGUAUGAUAGCUCGACCCAUAAAACCACCAGCUUCACUGAUCACACAGAACUUGAGGAGGAGAAUGUAGUUAAGGGGGAUGGAUCUCUUACCCUGAAGAAGCCUGUUGGCUCCGAUCAUUCUGGAAUCUACACAUGUGCAUUCUCAGGAAUAAAAACAAGACAUCUGAUACAGACCCAUGUCAAUAUUACAUACUCCAGGCAUAGGAAAGAUUCCAUUGCAUAUAAUCUGUGGAUGUUGGCUAUCGUCAUGGGCUUACUUGCUCUUCUUGCAGUGACUUUACUUAUAAAAAGAUGCAAAGCUAAAUCAAAAAGGAGUCAAGAGAACGCUCAAGCGGACGAAGAGAUGCAAAGGAUAAACACAGACAAACCAACGGAAGAGCCACAAGCAGAAAGUAAACUUAUGACACAACCUUCAGGUAGUCGCAGUUAGCUAUGGAGAGAAGAAAGAAGUAUAUUACAAAGAAGAGAGAAACCAUUCUACCAGACAAGUUGGAAAACCAUAUAAUGGGACUUUUAGAUGACAACAAAAUGUCAUAGGGUUUUCAGAAGAAGAAAAAAAAAUCAUGUUUUUAAUGUAUUUUAAUGAUGCAUUGAUUAAAUAUUUUUCUGUAAUUUGUUCUGGGACCACAAAUUAUUAUUAAAAAUAUUUAUUAUUAUUAUUAUUAUAAUUAAUGUUGUAAAUGUCCAUAAAUCCAACAUUGGCUGGUUUAUUGCAAUAUAAUAUGUAAUUAUUUUAUUUUGAUUAUUUUGCUGAUUUGAACUAAAGUAAGCACAACAUGACACAUGCAUGCAGACAAACAAACACCAGUGUGCUGGUGAACUGAAUUUGUUUUAUUUUUUAUUCUGUGCUUAAUUGUUCCUGUAACAUUGCCAAACCAGCUCUGGUCACUAUAUGUCCACUCAUGCACCAUCUGGUUAAUCAUUUACUGGUUUAAUUGAUAUGUCCACAAGGGUCUUUCUCUCCCCCUUUCUCACGCGCGCACACACACACUCUCAGAACAUAUGCACAUGUACAAGGGGAGGCCAGAGAGAGAUUGUGUUGUCUCGGUUAACUGAACUGAAAACGUGGCAUAAUCUGACAGUCAUGGAACUGCUGCCUCUAUAUGCUGCAUUUGUGCUUUUUCUUAGGACUAUGAAUGUAUCUGGUAUACUUACUACUAAAGGUAAGGGCAGACACACACACAAGUACUUACUUUUGAUACUUUCUGAGCAGAGAAAAGGAAAAUCUCUGUCUUGUGGGAAAGUUUGUACAUGCUUUGUUUAAUGUUUAAAUUGUUUCUUAUUGAAAGACAAAAUAUUCUAUGGUACAAGAUGUUAUUUCACAAGAAAAUUGUUAGUGUUAAUAGGUUAUAUUAAAUAAACAUAUUGUUUAAAAUUUGUGUAAUGCAUUAUAUA